CAACCCACUUACUCUUCUCCUUCUCUUGUCUUCGUUGAAUUUUGGGAUCUUACACCACAGCAAAUAACAACACCGCCAACUAUAUAUUUGUCCUAUUUGUCCUUUUGGUUUUGAUCUUUGUAACAAUCAAUAAGGAAAGUUAAAGCUUGAAUCUGAAUAAUAAUAAUGGGAGACAAUGGACGGAAAAGAACGCCGUCAAUGAAUCUUGCGGUUCAAGUGUCGAUGAGAGUGUUAGCCAUUGGCACCGCAUUGGCCUCCAUGGGGCUCAUGAUUACUAACCAUGAAGUUGCCUCUGUUUAUGGCAUUGCUUUUGAGGCUAAAUACAGCGACUCAUCAGCCUUUAGGUAUUUGGUGUACGCGGAUAUAGCUAUCUCCGCCUUGACAUUGUUCACGCUCGUAUGGGCUUGUUUAGCUGUCCGUAAACGUGGACUUGUUUUUGCACUCUUCUUUUUUGAUUUGCUUGCGACGUUGACGGCGAUGUCGGCUUUCUCUGCGGCCACAUCGGAGGGAUACAUUGGAAAGUACGGUAACACACACGCCGGUUGGCUUCCGAUCUGCGGUUAUGUACAUGGUUACUGCAAUCGUGGGACUCUCUCACUCGCUUUUUCCUUUGCCUCUUUUCUCCUCUUGUUCAUCCUUACUGUCCUAACUGCCUCCGCUGCUCGUCAUCACUGAAACUAUUUUCUUUACAUUUUAUAUUAUUCAAUUUCUAAUAUUCUUAAGAUUCUUCAAUCUUUCUUAUAUACUUAGAUUUUCUAAGAUGAAUGAUUACAGAAAGAAAUUGUAUUGAGUUGAGUCCGUGUAUUAUAUAACUAUUUGUUUUUAUUUUAUUUUACUUUACUAUG